GUGGAUAUGAACUUCAUGAAGAAGAUUCCUCCCGGUGCAGAAGCCUCUAACGUCCUGGUUGGUGAAGUCGACUUCCUGGAGCGGCCAAUCAUCGCCUUCAUCCGGCUCUCCCCCGCCAUGCUGCUGACGGGCCUCACAGAGGUCCCGGUGCCCACCAGGUUUCUUUUCCUGCUGCUCGGUCCGUUCGGAAAAGGUCCGCAGUACCACGAGAUCGGACGCUCCAUCGCCACUCUGAUGACAGACGAG